UUUUUUUUCAUUUUCUUCUUCUUUUCUUUCCUUUUUCACCUAGUUAACCCUUUUUCUAUUGUAUUGAUAAUAACAUGGACUUGAAAUAGGUUUCCUUUUUUUUUCUAAUAUAAUAAUAGUCGAUCAAUUGAUGCCGAUGUUGUAACCCCGCUGUGGCUUUUUCCUCUCUCUUGAACAAUACCCAUUUGGACCAAUAAAACUUUUUUUUUUCCUUCCUUCUUUAUCUCACAACAUAAUAUGGUACCUAAAAAAUAUAAAAGCAAGCGAGGAACAGCUAGAGAAAGAUAUAAGAUCGAAAAACGAGUUCGGGAACAUCAUCGAAAGUUAAGAAAGGAACAAAAGAAAAACCCACAUAAGAAAAGAGCUCCUAAAGAUCCUGGUAUUCCUAAUAGUUGGCCAUUCAAAGAAGAAUUAUUAAAUGAAAUGGAAAGACAUAAACAAGAUGUAAGUAACAAAAUAAAUAAAUAAAUAAAUAAUAAUAUAUUACUUUAUUUAUUUUAGUUGGAAGAACAAAAGAAAAAGGAACGACUUGCUCGGUUAGCACAAUCAGCAAAAGAUAAGAAGGCCAAACCAUUUGAAAAGAAAACAACAAAAUCAAAUCAAUCUUAGAUCAUCCCAUUCAAAUCAACAAUCAUGCAUUAUAUAUAUAUAUAUAUAUAUAUUUAUUUACAAUACGCAUCUCUCUCUCUCUCUCUCUCUUUAUUAUAUAAUUUGUUUU